AUGGGGUGGGGGAUAAAGGAGGCUUUUACUCGGAAGCCCAAGCGAGGAUACCAAGAUGGCGACUGUGAUGGUGAGCCUGUUGGUAUUGGCCGCUCCAGCCCUCGCAGUAGAGACGGUCCAGACCUGUCAGUGUAUGGAGUAUUGGACUUGUGUAUUAGGGCCACCCAGGCUCGGCAGCCACUCUCACUCCAGACUGCGGCCGUAAGGGGGCGGACUCGGGCAUCAAGGGAGUGGCAGGCGCAGGGGAAUGGCCCUGGCCAUGCAGCCAUCUUGGAAAAAGACAAUGCGGUGUACGUCUGUGGCGCCUCUCUCAUAGACGAGUCCUGGGUGCUGACAGCAGCCCACUGUGUGGAGAAGUUACGAGUCCUGGGUGCUGACAGCAGCCCACUGUGUGGAGAAGUUGUAAGUGGACUCUUUAUUUUACCAGACAAAGAUAGGACUAACUUACAGGCAGCCAUCUUGGAAAAGGACAAUGCGGUGUACGUCUGUGGCGCCUCUCUCAUAGACGAGUCCUGGGUGCUGACAGCAGCCCACUGUGUGGAGAAGUUCAUUCGAUCCAUUCAGCUGCUAAAGGUGCGGUUAGGUGAGCAUGACGUCAGCACUACGGACGAGCCUACGGAGCAUGAGGAGCGAAAUGUGGCCCAGGUGGUGGUUCAUCCGAAUUUCGACAACAAGACUCUCGUGAACGACCUGGCCCUUGUACGUUUGGAGAAGGCUGCUAGACGCCGCAGUAACAUCGAUAUUGUCUGCGUGCCAUCCGAUCAACUCCCUCUUUCCAGGAAUAAGACUUGCUACGUCACUGGCUGGGGGAAACAAACCGAAGAUUCGAACCACUCUGUGGUACUGAAGGAGAUUCCAGUUCCCCUAUGGGAGAAUCAAGCCUGCGAGAAAGCGCUGCGGACCAGUUUUGGCGCUCGAUUUUCCUUACCCCCUACAGCGGUAUGCGCAGGCGCCGAAGGUAGAGAUGCUUGUUGACGGUGACGGCGGAGGACCACUGGUCUGCGAGGACAGAGGGCGCUGGUUCCAGAUAGGUAUAGUCAGUUUCGGCGUUGGGUGCGGCCGCGCUGACGUUCCAGGCGUCUAUACAAGAGUCAGCUUCUACCAGAAUUGGC